GAGAAGCAAGGAACAUUUUGUGUGGACUGUGAGACCUACCACACAGCUGCCUCUACCCUUGGCAGCCAAGAUUCUUUGGAUGGGAAGAGACCUUGAAAGAACCUCUAGCUUAUCCUGCAACUUCAGUCAUUAUCCCACUUAAAUCAUCCCAGGUAAUAGACAAGAGGAAACCUAACCAAUGACUGUGGAAUGAUAUGGAAGAAGAUGGAAAAAACUUGUUUAAUGGGUUAAGAGAGAGGCAACUUCUCUAAGACAUGGAUAGAUGCAAACAUGUAGGGCGCUUACGGCUGGCCCAGGACCACUCCAUCCUGAACCCUCAGAAGUGGUGCUGCGUGGAGUGCGCCACUACCGAAUCUGCGUGGGCCUGCCUCAAGUGCUCCCAUGUGGCCUGCGGCCGCUACAUUGAAGACCACGCCCUGAAGCACUUUGAAGAGACCGGACACCCGCUAGCCAUGGAAGUCCGGGACCUCUAUGUCUUCUGCUACCUGUGCAAAGACUACGUGCUCAAUGAUAACCCAGAGGGGGACCUGAAGCUGCUGAGGAGCUCCCUCCUGGCGGUCCGCGGCCAGAAGCAGGACCAGCUGGCCAGACGCGGGCGGACGCUGCGGUCCAUGGCUUCAGGCGAGGACGUGCUCCCGCCGCAGCGCGUUCCUCAGGGACAGCCGCAGAUGCUCACGGCUCUGUGGUACCGGCGCCAGCAUCUGCUGGCCAAGACGCUGCGGCUGUGGUUUGAGAAGAGCUCCCGGGGCCGGGCGAAGCUGGAGCAGCAGCGGCAGGAGGAGGCUCUGGAGCGCAAGAAGGAGGAGGCGCGGCAGCGGCGGCGCGAGGUGAAGCGGCGACUGCUGGAGGAGCUGGCCAGCGCACCCCCGCGCAAGAGCGCACGGCUGCUGCUGCACACGCCCCGCGCCGCUGGCCCUGCCUCCCUGGCGGGCUCCCGCCACCCUUCUGCCCCCGCCACGUUCAAGCCACGCCGCCAGCCCGCCGUGGCCCCGGGUGUCACUGGCCUGCGCAACCUGGGCAACACCUGCUACAUGAACUCAAUCCUCCAGGUGCUCAGCCACCUCCAGAAGUUCCGGGAAUGUUUCCUGAACCUUGAUCCCUCCAAGACGGAGCAUCUGUUUCCUAGAGCCACCAACGGCAGGGCUCAGCUUUCCGGCAGGCCGGCCGGCAGCUCGGCCACCGAGCUGUCUGCCAGAAGUGACAGGGCCGAGGCAUGCGAGCGGGAGGGCCUCUGCUGGAACGGUGGGCCCUCCAUCAGCAGGAGUCUGGAGCUCAUCCAGAACAAGGAGCCCAGCUCGAAGCACAUUUCCCUCUGCCACGAACUGCACACCCUCUUCCGAGUCAUGUGGUCCGGGAAGUGGGCCCUGGUAUCGCCCUUCGCCAUGCUUCACUCGGUGUGGAGCCUGAUCCCGGCCUUCCGCGGCUACGACCAGCAGGACGCGCAGGAGUUUCUCUGCGAGCUGUUGCACAAGGUGCAGCAGGAGCUCGAGUCAGAGGGAACCACACGCCGAAUCCUCAUCCCCUUCUCCCAGAGGAAGCUCACCAAACAGGUCUUAAAGGUGGUAAAUACUAUAUUCCACGGGCAGCUGCUCAGCCAGGUCACUUGUAUAUCAUGCAAUUACAAAUCCAAUACCAUUGAGCCCUUUUGGGAUCUGUCCCUGGAAUUCCCUGAACGCUAUCACUGCAUAGAAAAGGGGCUUGUCCCUUUGAAUCAGACAGAGUGCCAGCUCACUGAGAUGCUGGCCAAGUUCACAGAGACAGAGGCCCUGGAAGGGAGAAUCUACGCUUGUGACCAGUGUAACAGCAAACGACGAAAAUCCAAUCCAAAACCACUUGUUCUGAGUGAAGCUAGAAAGCAGUUAAUGAUCUACAGACUACCUCAGGUCCUCCGGCUGCACCUUAAAAGAUUCAGGUGGUCUGGCCGUAAUCAUCGAGAGAAGAUUGGGGUCCAUGUCGUCUUUGACCAGGUAUUAACCAUGGAACCUUACUGCUGCAGGGACAUGCUCUCCUCUCUUGACAAAGAGACCUUUGCCUAUGAUCUCUCCGCAGUGGUCAUGCAUCACGGGAAAGGGUUUGGCUCAGGACACUACACAGCCUAUUGCUACAACACAGAGGGAGGUUUUUGGGUCCACUGCAAUGACUCAAAGCUGAAUGUAUGCAGUGUCGAGGAAGUGUGCAAAACCCAGGCCUACAUCCUUUUUUACACUCAAAGAACAGUGCAGGGCAAUGCAAGAAUCUCAGAAACCCAACUCCAAGCUCAGGUGCAGUCCAGCAACAACGAUGAAGGCAGACCACAGACAUUCACCUGAAUGGGAGGCAUGUAUCAAAGACUGGCUUGCUUUUAAACUA